UUUCUUUCCACCUAUCUUUUAACAAUCAUGAUGAUUGAAAGUGUAAGUGCGAUGUGUACUAUAUAAAAGGCCAGUGAUGACUUAAAUUCAAUUUUAACGUCGAAUUCACUUUUAUUUCAACGUCGUGACAAUUAUUACAGCGACAAGGCAGCGUAGUACAGAGCUCUUCAACGAAUUGGAAUGUGGCCCAAAGGCGCCACUGUUUGAAAAGUCCGAGUCGUUGUCCUGAGUUGUUGUUAGUACGUAGCAUUAACUUUUUCUACAUAUCCCCCUGUGUAAAAUCACUUCAAACCCAUUGUGUUCAGUUAUGGGUGUUCACGAUUUGUGGUCUAUAGUCGAGCCGGUUCGUGAGUCGGUUUCGCUCUACAGUUUGAGCGGAAAGACGCUGGCAGUUGACCUGAGUUUAUGUUGCGAGGCCCAGCAUGUCCAAGCAAUGAUGGGGAGAGUUACCAAACCCCACCUCAGGAAUUUAUUUUUUAGGGUAUCAUCCCUCACGCUUAUGGGGGUGAAGCUCGUCUUUGUAAUGGAAGGAGAAGCGCCGAAACUUAAAGCGGAAACCAUGACCAAGAGGACAGAAAAAAGAUAUGGAGGAUUCAAAAAGUCUUCUGCCUCUAAGUCUUCAACAAACACCAGCAGAGGGCGCUUUAAUGCUGUACUAAGAGAGUGUGCAGAAAUGUUGGACUAUCUGGGUGUGCCGUGGGUGACCGCUGCUGGGGAGGCUGAGGCCAUGUGUGCCUACCUGGACUCAGAGGGCCUGGUGGACGGCUGCAUCACUAAUGAUGGAGACGCAUUCUUGUAUGGAGCCCGGACUGUCUACAGGAACUUUAAUAUGAACAGUAAAGACCCUCAGGUGGACUGUUACAGGACCUCCAGCGUACAAACGGAGUUGCACCUCUCCAGAGAGAAUCUUGUCGGUCUGGCCCUCCUCCUGGGCUGUGAUUAUAUUCCUAAAGGCAUACCAGGUGUUGGAAAAGAGCAGGCUCUGAGGCUUAUCCAGAUGCUGAAAGGACAAACCCUUCUGGAGAGGUUCAACCAAUGGAGGGAGGAGAAUGCAGGUGUGUCAGAGGGAGUUGUGAAGAAGGUUGCUCACUGCCAUGUGUGUCGACAUCCUGGCUCAGCGAAAGGACAUGAACGUGGCGGCUGUGUGCUUUGUGACAGUAAACGUUUCUGUCAACCUCAGGACUUUGACUACCAGUGUCCCUGUGACUGGCACCGCCAUGAACAGACCCGCCAGGCCGUGUCUUUUGAGGCAAACAUCAGGAAGAAAACACUGGCAAGUCAACAGUUCCCCUUUACCGAGAUCAUUCGUGAGUUCCUUAUCUCCAAGGAUAAGUCUGUGUCACAUUUCAAGAGGAGACAGCCAAACAUGCUGUUGAUGCAGAAAUUUGCCUAUGACAAGAUGGAGUGGCCAAAGCACUACACCAGUGAAAAGGUUUUAGUCUUGAUGACCUACACAGAGUUGAUGAACAGAAAGUAUGGAAGAGAAAUGUCUUCCCAAAUCAGGCCCCUCAGAAUAUUGAAGCCGAGGGUGAGGAAUGCCGUCGCUUGCUUCGAAAUCAUCUGGAGCACACCAGAACAUUAUGUGUUUCCUGAGGAUUGGCCUGCAGAGGAUCAACAUGAGGUGAGGACGGUGGAGGAAGAGUCUCUUUUCCGUGUGGCGUACCCAGAGGUGGUGGAGAGCUACCUGAGAGACAAAGCCCUGGCCGAAGAGAACAAGAAGAAAAGGCCAAAGAGUAAAAAGGAGAAGCCAUCUGAUGUCUCUGAUGGUAUUUCGGACCUCUUGGCUCAGAUGAGCCUUCACAGUUCCACUAACACUGAACCACAAACGGUGCUUCCUACCAUUUUAAACACAGAGGAAGCAGAAGUAGUGGUUUUGGACACUCCAGUGAACCAUAAAAAGCAGUGGAAGUCAAAAGAAGGCCACAGCAGUCUGGGUGAUUGCCCCAAAACUCCUCUGUCUCAUGCAGAAUCGGAGGCUGUAGCUUCGCCUUCUGUCUCCACUGUUAUCGACACUCUACACCUGAGCGAUAUUGACUGGGACACUUUGUCCUUCACGUCCUCUCCAACUCCACCAUCAGCCGCUAACCACACUGCUGAGCCCAAGCUAACCAAAACCACAGAUGAUGAGGUCAAGGAAACAAAUGCCUCAAGUGACGUCAAACCAGCAGACUCCAGAUCUGCUCUAGAGUUGUGCUACACAGAUUGUCCUCUAAGGGACAGGGUGCUCAUGAGGAACACAGCUAAAGCUAUAGACCAGACAGAGAUACACAAUGAUGUGGUCUCAAAACAACUAAACUAUGGGUUGGCCUCUCUCAAACACAUUUCUUCUCGUAACUCACAACCAAAUGGACAGAUCAUCACUAAAGGUAGGGAUGACAAUAAAUUGUCAAGGCAGGAAUCUGCUGUUAACAAAAAGGAACCGCUCACUGACAAAAGGCAGUGUGCAACAAAUAAGGCAGUACAAGGUCGAAGUAAGACAAAGGACAAAUGUAAUGGCUCCCAAAAGCCUCCGCAGAAAUAUAAAUUUGUCAAAGUUGUUUCAUCAUCGGCAGUCCCGCCACAGAGGUGCCACUCUGACCCAGGUCAAAGUGACAAGGACCUGAACCUGCAGCAGUCCACCAAGAAGAGUGUCUGUAUGAGCAUGUGUUUGUCCAGCGAGGGAAGCGAUGCAGAGAACCAGCAGUUUGGACCUCAAAGAAAAGCCAAGGUCAAGCCCAUAAACAGGAGCAAGGGCAACAUCCUUUCAGACUUCCCCCUGAAACCUGUUUCUGGACCUAAAACAACCAAACCAACAGCGAAAACCCAUCAACUGAUACCCAUAUCAACUAAAAGCACAUACAAGGAUGUCUCACCAACUAAUGCGGAUGCUGAUGUGUCCCUUCAGACUCCAACAUCACCUGUCGAUGACUCUGUGAUUUGUAGUGAGAGUCCGCUGCCACUGGCAGAGAGACUGAGACUGAAAUUCCUGAAGUGAGCAGCAUGAUUACAGGAUGAUGGACAAGAAUGUAAAAGCUAUUGUAUGUUGAAUGUGAAAGUUUACUCUUAACCUUGGAAAACUUUCACAAGAAAAAAUCUUAAGUCAAGGUCUACUUACUAGAUUUUCAGUACAUCUGCAGCAAUUGGUCGAUUAGUGAGCUGACAGAAAAUUAAUCAGGAACUGUUUUGAUAAUCUAAUAAUUGUUUAUGUAAUUUUUAAGCAAAUAAGUCAAACUUCAGAUGGUUCCAGCCCUUCAAACAUGCUUUUCCUUGUCUGACCAUUAUAAUAAGUGUAAUAUCACUGGGUUUGAGACUGUUAAUCAGAGA